UACCGAUACGUCAGCUGGUCGCAGUGUGGAACUUUUCUCUAUCCAUGCGUUAUGUGUCACAGUUACAUGCAAAAGUCAACCAAGAUUAUUAGUCUGUAAUUUUGUAAGUGUACUUUAUUUUAGCGGCUUAGUCAAGCCCAGACAUCUCAAGUGAUAGAGAAUUUUGCAAAUAACUACUGAAAUAAGGAGUGAUCGGUGAUCCUGUCCAACCAUCCUCGAUACAUGACGUGAAGAAACUCAAUAGAAGCAAUGGGUACAACGCCGAGUCGCUAUGAAGAUCUCUCCAAAAAUGUUUACUUGGAGAAAUUCUGUGGGAAGCAAAGCAUACUUGCAAACGAUCCAUUCUGGAACACAUUCUUAUCAUACAACAUGCGACCACCUAUUACAAGGAACGAUCAAAUAGAGCUCGAUUCAAGAUUAGACGUAUCAUGUCAACAAUUGCUUGUGAAUAACAUGAUCACUGGCAAUUUUGGUACUCUGAUACAGGUAGCUCUUACACGCAUCAAUGAACUACUAGCACCUGUUCAAAAUCAAAAUAUAAUAUCAACAUGGCAAACAUACAAUGCACUAUUUGCCGUGAGAUGCAUUUUGAAAUAUUUUAUUGAGACUGUUGGUGAAGAAGAGAUGCUAAAACACAUUGAAGCACCACAAACAACUUCAGCAAAUGAAGCAUUGUCUUCUUUUAGAUUGGAAGAACUUUUUGAUGCAUUGAUAGAACUUAUUAUAGAUGUACCUUUGUGUGAAUUUACAUAUGUCGUUCAUUUGGAAGCAAUUAAUUGUUUACUCGUGUUGCUUUCGGUACAAUUAUUUUCUCAAACUGCAGCUGAAUAUAGCACUGUAUACAGGAUAGCGAUGCAUGCACAUUCGAGCCAACAAGCACCUGCUGUGGUGUGUAUACUGUUGCACAAUUUUAUACAACAGGAACACGCUCCUCCGGGUUUGCUGACGCAGCAACCUGGGGGUAGUAUCGUAUUCAGUAUAGCUGCUGGGUUGUGGAACGUAAUAAAAAUGGGCAUUGGUAGUGGUUCAAAGAAUGUACAGAUUGCACAUAAUGGCACUGCUGAGGACGAAGAAAAAAAACGCGAUACGGAAACUCCACUCGCUAGUCAGUCUCUAUUACUUUUAUUGAUUCUGACAAAUCAUUGUACUGCUACGCACAAUCCAUAUAGAAAUGCGCUUUUUUCUUUUAUAGAUAUGCAAGAUGAUCAACCUACAUCACAAACGAAAACAGCCGAGAUCUUUAAAUUUAAUUUGAAUAAAUUAUAUAACACUAUUUGUAAGAUACCAAAUACAGAUGAAAUUACGCUCUUGCUCUAUAUGCUAUUACAUAGGAAUUCGAACGUGAAACAGGAUAUAAUGAAAAGGCCUGAUAUACAAUUAUUGGUAACUCCAAUAUUACAAAUAUUAUAUCAUGCACCAAACAAUACGUCACAUCAUAUUUAUAUGUCCCUUAUCAUUCUCCUAAUUUUAAGUGAAGAUGAAACAUUUAACAAACGAAUACAUGAAAUUAUGCUCAAAGGUGUAACAUGGUACACUGAGAGAUCUAUAAGUGAAAUAUCAUUAGGUGGUCUUUUAAUUCUGGUUGUGAUCCGCACGAUACAAUAUAAUAUAUUUAAAAUGAGAGAUAAAUAUCUUCAUACAAAUUGUCUAGCAGCUUUGGCAAAUAUGUCUGCCCAAUUCACAUCCUUACAUCCUUAUGUUAGUCAGAGAUUGCUGAGUUUAUUCGAGACUCUUGCAAAAAAACAUGCGCGGUUAGAAGUAAAAAUUCGAGCGCAAGCACAACCGAUAACUUCUCCUGACAAUACUAAUGUGAUCGUUAAUGGAAAUGCCACCGUUGCAAACACCGAUUUGAUUCAAGACUUAACCAUACUUGAGGAAGUCCUGCGGAUGGUGCUAGAAAUUAUAAAUAGUUGUUUAACUCACAGACUCCCGUACAAUCCAAACUUAAUUUACACUCUCUUAUAUAAAAAAGAUGUCUUUCAACCAUUUAGAAUGCACUCUGCUUUCCAAGAUAUCGUCCAAAAUAUUGAUUCUGUAAUUAAUUUCUUUUCUUAUAAAUUGGAGCAAAAAGAUCAAUCGCAACUCGGUGUUAGUCAAGUAUUGGCUACUAUACAACAAGGAACCUUAGAAUGGCCACGAGAUCGUUUGAGAAAAUUUCCAGAAUUGAAAUUUAAAUAUGUGGAAGAGGAACAACCGGAAGAGUUCUUCAUACCUUAUGUGUGGAGUGUUGUUUGUCAAGGAGCAUUAUUACAUUGGAGCGCGGAAAAUAUAAAAUUGUUUUCUCAUAACAAUAGUGAGACAACAAUCAUUGUUUGCUGAUAUUGAGAUGAGGGGUGCAUCCUACUAUAAGUAUUCGAAAUGAUAAUAGUAGGAUAAUAAUAUAUGAAAUAAGUUUGUAAUAAAAAUUGUCGAAAAGGUAUAAACAUUUUCCUUUUGGCAAUGGGGAAUAGAAAAAUUAAGGACUCAAAACGAAAGUGUAUACAGCGCAGAAAGAAUAUAAUAUAUGACAUUAAAGAUAA